CAUGUGUACACUGUCCACACACGAGUUACGACCACAGUUCUCCGAAUCCCACCGUUCCGUUCGCGACUCCUAGUGUCGAGUUCCAGGACUGUCCAAAGCUUGAGCCGUCCACUCGGUCCGUCGUCCGUUGAUGUCGUCCAAUAAUUAUAAUUACCGUGGAGUUGUAGCGUCGUCAAACAUUGCAGUACAGUACUUUUCCAUAUUUCAAAUCUCGUUUUGUCAACCGAAUUUACCCGUCUUCGACACAAAACUAUAACCUACAACGAUAUUCAUAAUAUUAUUGUUAUAACGUCACUACGUCAGACGUUGAACGAUAAUUCCAUUAGUUUCCGUGUAGGUUAGGUUCAUACGUUUUACUUGUAGUCAACGAUAUAGGGACCUACUUUGUUUUUAAGAUGUAUGCAAAUUACAAUCCACAAUUCGACAGGGACGGAAGGAAGAAAAAUUUAAGAGAAGGACUUCCAGCUUAUGCAUAUUCACGUGGAGUUGAGUUACGAAGUGAUAAAAAUCCUUACUUGUGUAUGCAAUCUGAAGUGUAUGAUCCUCGAAGAAAUGUUCUCAACAUAAGCUAUCCUAUAAAUGUUCCUGAAUUUGAGCUACCAAAUGAAGAGCAAAUAUCUUACUACGAGCAAUUAAUGAUGAUGAGCAAUGAAACUAUUGUACUAAGUAAUUUCUUGGAUAAGAAAGAAGCUCUGCUCUGCCCAAAAGUUAUUUACAAGAAACCUGAUUCAUUCCAAGAACAUUCCCUUAAGAACUCAACAGUGAACAAAUGCUCAUCAGAAAUUUUACCAUUUUACAAAAUAUGUUUUGAGAUCAUGAAAGCACCAAUAAACGAUUCAAAAUGGAAACUAUGUUUAAUUACUGAACAUUCAUCUGAGCUACGAUCCGAAAUACAACAAAUUUACUUACAUAUGUGGUUAUAUUACAAACAUUAUAUGGAGAAAGUUGAUUUAGGUGUGUUAGAUACCUGUAAUCGAAUCAUGGGAUUUGGACAAUCUGUGACAGAAACAGAACGAAUUUAUCUUACAAUUCGAGAUGACUAUUUAAUGGCAAUGCAAAUAUUGGUUUUAUUGAAAUGCAUACUAUCCAAUCAAAAUAUAUCUGUUUUUAAAGAUAUCAUGGAGACGUUAGAAUCAUGGAAAAUCCUAUUACAAAAGAUGAGUACUAAUCCAAAGAUGUAUGACUUGUCACCAUGUAAUACUACUUUGGAGAUGACAGAAUUGUUAGAGCUACUAACUAGAAGCUAUUUCAAAACAAGACAUUAUUUAGAAGCUUGUUUUAUUUUAAUGGUUAAUAAAGAAGAUACCAUUAAAGAGCAGCAGGUCAAAGACGAUUUGUUGUGCAAAUUUUGGUAUCUGAUGGUUGACACUCCAGAACAUUAAUAUUCAUUUUAAAACUUUUUGCCGAUUUUAUAAGUGUUGUUAAAAUUGUAACUCCUGAUUUUAUGUCCUAACAGUAACUUAUUUAUUUUUUCUGUACCAAUUUAAUGAUUUUUUAUUUGUUUUAUUCAAAGUGAUGUUAUAAGUAUAUAUUUAUGUAUUUUUAAUUUACAAAUAGCAUAUAUUUAAUAAAGCCAAGAUAGUAUUGGGUUACAAGUAGUAUACCAAGAUUGAGCUGGUAUUAUGCUAUUGCUAUGGUUUCAAUACAAAUGUGUAAAAUGCUAAAUAAAAUAAAACCCAGUGAAAUUUUAA